AUGCCGGAGAAUGUCCGCUACCGCUUCUUCUUCAAGGGCAAAAGCUAUCUGAUCCCGAAGGGCUACAUUGACCAUGAACACCCUGGCGGUGGCGAUGAAAUCAUGCCCUACCUGGGCAAGGACAUGACAGACGCAUUCGAGGACGCCGAUCACUCGAUAACUGCCGUGGAAAUGCUCGAGGAGUGGCUGGAGGAGGAGUAUGACCCAAGCAUCCCGACUGGUCCGAGCGGGGCGUCUUCCCCAUCGCAUGAGGAGGCGAAGACUGCGGAGUCAGCCACAGAAGUCUCACCACUGGGGGCUGCAUUUGCCUCCGCAGCGCCGAAACCAGCGCCAACAGUCUCCACUGAGCGGAAGACUACCACUCCAAGGAGUGCUAGCGAGCCGUCAAAGCUGAAGUCACUCAUGCCUUCCGUAGCCACUGCUGCUGCGGUGGCUGUUUUGAUGGCGUCUAUUGCGCUCGUAUACAUGCGGGUCCCCAAGAGGUGA